UUACACCUUUACACGCAGGUAAAUUUCUUCCACGAAAAAGUGGAAGAAAAAUAGUUUAAAUUUACAAAAUCUUUAGUAAUUCCUGGUGUAAAUUAUCUGUAAACGACAAUGGUGCUGACGGCCGCGGUCCAUUUGCCCGAAGAGUCCGAAUUGACCGUUCAGGAGGUCAAUUUGUCCGCUGCUACUUUGAGAGCUGGCUCGUUCCAUUUGGGAAAGUACUGUGAACAGGCCAACAAUGAAUUCAUGCUCUGCCGCAUCGAGGAGAACGACCCUCGCAAGUGCAUCAACGAGGGCAAGGCGGUCACGGCAUGCACGCUCAACUUCUUCCGCAAGGUGAAGUCGGCCUGCCUGAACGAGUUCAACCAGUACGCCAACUGCGUCGACAAGAGCUCCGGGGAUUAUGCACUGCAGCAUUGCCGCAACACCCAAGCAGUGUACGACAAGUGUAUGCUGGAGAAGCUGCAGCUGCCGCGCCCCGACUUCGGGUACUUCUGCGAGGCUCGCGUGCACGACACUAAGAGGCCCAAGCCCCUGCCCGAGCCCAAGGCGGUAUACCCUGAUGCCACUCCAGCCCUCCCUGAAGACUACGAAAAGAAGCCAGCCCGCUUUGGAUCCCGUUUCUACUGGAUGACGGAAUAAACAAAA